AUGUCUAAGGCUGGUGACAUGUACGAUGACUCUGACUGUGUUUGUUCCUAUGGAAUGAAGCUAACCUGGGACAUCAAUGACCCCAAACUGCCGCAGGAUCUGAAGCAGUUUGACACCUUCCAGGAGUGGACAGACGGCUAUGUUCGAUUUGUAUAUGGUGGAGAAGACAAAAAUGCUCAGCGUCACCUCAGUGGAUGGGCCAUGAGGAACACCAACAACCACAACUGUCAGAUCUUGAAGAAGUCUUGCCUGGGUGUGGUGGUGUGUAGCCGAAAUUGUACACUGUCUGAUGGUGGUAAAUUGCAGCUCAGACCAGCAAUCUGCGAUAAAGCACGGCAAAAACAGCAAAAAAAGCUGUGCAGUAACUGUAACUCUGCUCUGGAGCUGAUUCCGUGUCGAGGUCACAGUGGUUAUCCUGUCACUAAUUUUUGGCGUCUAGAUGGGAAAGCCAUCUUCUUCCAGGCAAAGGGAGUUCAUGAUCAUCCAAGACCUGAAAGUAAAUCUGAGACAGAAGCUCGGAGAAGUGCUGUCAAAAGACAGAUGUCAUCGUCUCACCUGUCUCAGAAAAAGAAGCUUCUGGAAUCUGAGGUGGGAAGAUACAAUGAUAGCGGUGGGCAUUUUCCUCAUCCUAUAUCUUGCCUAGAAGGACCAGAACGCUUCAGUCUUGUUGCAGAUGGAAGUUUUCCACUCCCAUCUCAACACUACUCUUCAUUUCAGAAUGCAGACUCUUUCAAAUCGAACUAUGAUCCGGUAGUAUACCAGGGCGACUCUGUCACACCUUUUUCAAAAUGUCCUAAUAGAAUUUUUGUGCCCAGAACACAAUGUAGUUAUGAUUUGCAUGUCCCUGGCUACAUGAACUCCAAUUUAUAUCCACCACUUUACAAGGACUCAGUAGGAAGUCUGCCAGAAAGUGAUAGAGUUCAGUUAACUGGGCCUCAACCAAACCUUGGCAUGCUGAACUCCCAUGAAAGGAGUUAUGAUGGUGGUGCUAAACAUCACGGCUGGAAGCAGAUACUUGCGAAAACAGGAUAUGUGGACAGAAAUGACUAUGGCCAAAUUCAGACAAAUAGUGGUCAUGCUUAUUAUAAUGCAGAGUACCCAUGCCGAUAUGCCAGAUCUCCUUCACCAGCUUUACAGACUGUUAUUACAACAACCACCAAAGUUUCAUACCAAGCCUACAAACCUCCUGUGGUAAAGUACAAUGACAACCGAUGUGACGUGAAAGCUCUGCAAAACUAUCCACAUGUGCAAGAUAGCCUAUCAGACGCUGUUUUUCCUGAUGUAAAAGCAACAGAUGAUUUCACUGUCAUCAAAACGGCAUUGGGCUACCAGGAUCAAAUUCCCUCAAAGUCUGAGCGAGGAGACAACCUAGACUUUUAUCGAUAUGGUCCAUGUAUGAGUAACAGCUUUUCCGGACAGUCUAAUAGAUAUGAAAAUGACUAUUAA